AUGUCCUUCAAUUCGCAAAACAACUUGAAUGCUGGCCGCAGCCACGAGGGCCAUCGGAGCCAGGUUACUCCCAUCCCUAUCAAUGUCUCGGGUUCACAGCGCAGCGGCAGCAGCAACAGCUUCAAAAAUGAUGACCGCAACCACCAGUAUCAGGGCGGGUCUAGCAUUGGAGGGGGCUCGUUCAUGGGCGACACAUCGGGCAUCAACGCACCACCCAACUCGUUUGCCGUCCCGUCGUCGAUGGCCAGCCAUGUUAUUCCCAACAACAUUAACAUCAAUAUGAGCAACAGUAGCCGCAUCCCGAUAGGAGCAGGUGUUUCCGCGUCGUACAGAUACUCGCAGGGCACCAAUGCUCCGCCGAACUCGCUGGCUGUGCCAUCCUCAAUGGCCGGCCAGAUCAUUCCGAGUGGCAUGAGCAUUGAUGACAGCAACGGCGGUUGCCUGCCGAUCGGGGCGGACAUCUCCGGGUCGUACAAGUUCUCUCAGGGUAUCAACGCGCCGCCAAACUCGUACGCGGUGCCGUCAUCGUUGGCGAGCCAGAUGAUUCCGAACAGUGCCAGCCUCACUGCGCGGCUUGGUGGCGGCUUCAACCCACCACCCAACACGCCAGCGCAGGUCAGCAAGCUGCAUCAGAUAAUGGGAGGUAUUGAUGGUGGCCUGGGUACCCACCACAGCCAGGAGUAUGGCAUUGGCCAGGUUCCUUCUGGCUCGUUCAUUGACCGGAGAAUCCACGCCUUUGAGCGGGUGGGAGAGGCCGACGAGGAUGAUAUGGAUCAGGACAUGGACAACCACAGCCCCAACAGCAUCAGCCCUGGGUCCUUCCACCACUCUGGCAGCCACCACAUGUCGAACAAGGGUCCUGACGACAUAUUCGAGAUGGAGCAGUAG